AUGUUCCUGUUUUUGUCACUUCCCGUCCUUCUGUGUGUGGUGACACCAUCCUGCUCAGAAACAAAAGCCUGUGAGGAUGCCCAGAAGACCUGUUCAGUGGUGACCUGUGGCAUCCCGGUCACCAACGGCACCCCAGGCAGAGAUGGGCGAGAUGGAGCCAAGGGAGAAAAGGGAGAACCAGGGCAAGGGCUCAGAGGCUUGCAGGGCCCUCCAGGGAAAAUGGGGCCUCAAGGAAAUAUAGGGAAUCCUGGGCUUCCAGGACCAAAGGGCCACAAAGGAGAUUGUGGAGACAGUUCAGUUGUCGAGGCUAAGCUGGCUAACUUAGAGGGACAGAUACGGAGCCUGGAAUCACAACUGGAUCACAUCAAAAAGUCGCAAAGCUUCUCCUUGGGUAAAAAGUCUGGAAAGAAGCUCUACGUGACCAAUGGUGAAGAGAUGCCUUUUUCCAAAGUGAAGGCUCUGUGCGCUGAGCUUGGGGCCACCGUGGCCACCCCCAAGAAUGCUGAGGAGAACAAAGCCAUCCAGGACAUGGCCUCUGACAUUGCUUUCCUGGGCAUCACAGAUGAAGUGACCGAAGGCCAGUUUAUGUAUGUAACAGGAGGGAGGAUAGGCUACAGCAACUGGAGGAAGGAUGAGCCUAAUAACCAAGGCUCAGGGGAGGACUGUGUCCACCUCCGAAGAGACGGGCUCUGGAAUGACAUCUCCUGCUCUUCCUCCUUCUUGGCCAUCUGUGAAUUCCCGGCCUGAAGAGGCAGGUUCCUCCGCCCCCUCCUUGACUCCCUGCUGAGGUCCCUGCUGCUCUGAAAGAGAAUUCAGUGCCAG